AUGCCCUUGCACAAUGUCACUCUGGUGGUGGUGGUUGUAGGUAGUGUUUGUUCGUCAAAUUCAGAAACUGUGUCAGAGGGUGAUAACAUCAAGAAUGGACAAGAUGAGGGUCGUUCUAUGAAAGAGAUAGAGAUGAAGAUGUCACCUUUGUCGACACUGGAACCAUCUUUUGAAGCUCUGAAUGUGAAGAAGUUCGAUGUUGCAUUUGCAGUGGAUCCUCUUUAUCACCAAACAUCUGCACAAUUUGAUGAAGGUGGAGCUAAGGGUCUCUUAUUGAAUAAUCUUGGAGUUUAUGGAGGAUGUCGAGUACUAUUUGAUUCCCUAGAAGUACCAAGAAAGUGUAUGUCAUGUUCAAUUCAAAACACUAAUUCCGAUAUGAUUGAUAUCUCUUUUGCCAGAGAAUACGUUGAACAGAUGCUCAUGAAUAUGCCCAGAAAAAAUGAAAUUUCUCCAACUUUCAGGAAAAUAGUUUGCCAAUUUGAAGAAGAUAAUCAAAAGUUUUCACAUGCAUUUACUGAAGGCCAGAAAUCUGUAGUUAUGGCUGAUUCUGUUGAGGACAUUAAUCAUCCUGUGAAUGAUAAUCCAUCUCGAAGCUUUGAGACAGGGAACUUUGGUCCUGAUGAGGAUGCAAGUGUAGUUGAUGAAAGCUUCAACUUUGGAGAUACAACUUCUUUAAGUCAUAAUGAGGAGAGUCAUUGCUAUGCAUCCUAUGAGGCUGAUGUGGAAGGAAAAUAUGAGGAAUUUGCUUUAUGUUCAGAAGAAUUUCCUGCCACCAAAAGCAGAACAGGUUUGUCAACAAAGAGGCCAACGGACAGUACACCUCUGGAACUUGAUAUUGAUUUUAUUAAGUUUCUGGAUCAAGAAUUUCCAGGUAUCUUUGCUCCCCCAAAAAAUCCCAGGUCGCUUCUGCUACCUGCAAAUAGAAUGCCUGGGAGUAACACACUUCCUGAAGAUUGCCAUUAUCAACCAGAAGAUCUUGUCAAGUUGUUUCUUCUUCAUAAUGUUAUGCCUGAGCUUACCCAGAGCUCUCAGGAUUUUGAUGUUGAGCUCAUACAGUGCUUUGGGGAAGAAGAAGAAAACUUUCAGGUAAUAGUGUGCUUCUUUUACUUAUGGCAUAUAAUGCCUCUGGGAGAUGAUGGCUCAUGGCAACACAACAAUAAUUUUGAUGAACAAUUGCCUACAUGGGACAAUGACAAUCUGUUUGGUGGCCAAUAUGAUGAUGACUGUGUCCAUAGUGAUCUGGAAGAUUCAGACGGACUUGUCUCUCAUCCUCGUCAGGUAACUAAGAUUGAAGUUCAGUAUGACAAAACUUCUAAACAAGUUGAUGUGCAUGUGCUCAGGGAAACCCUUUGGGAUCACAUACAAGAAUCUGUUUGCGUGCCAGAAACAGUUUGCAAGGACACGGUAUCUUUUAAACAUGUUCUAGCCACCUUUCCUGAAGAAUGCCAAACUGCACAGCCGGAGGAUAUUUCGCCUCAUCUGUGCUUCAUUUGCCUAUUGCAUUUAGCCAAUGAGCAUUGUUUAAGCAUCACUAACUGCCCCACCUUCGAUGAACUCACUAUUUACCUUCCUUCUCAUGGAAAACACGCAUGA